CCACUCUCGCGGCACUGUAUGCCUUUCGUCGGCGUAGAAUGGCCUUGCCUGAUUGGUCGAUCACUCGUCCCCCUUUACCCGUUCUUAUUGGCUGUUGGUGACAGGUGUCUAGAGAGAGGCGUGUGACUUGGUCAGCGCGCGUGGAGUGGUCCUACGGUGAAGAUGGCGGCUGGCAGCGGUGGAGGCCGGGUGUCCAGCGGACGAGAUCUCAGCUGUGUCCCGGAGGUGGCGGACACCCUAGGGGCAGUGGCCAAGCAGGGCUUUGACUUCCUCUGUAUGCCAAUCUUCCAUCCACGCUUUAAACGAGAAUUUUUCCAGGAGCCAGCUAGAUCACGAUCCGGACCACAGACUCGCUCAGACCUACUACUUUCGGGACGUGAUUGGAACACUCUCAUUGUGGGGAAGCUGUCUGAAUGGAUUAAGCCCGAUUCAGAGGUGCCAGCUAUGUGCAAAACAUCAGAAGCGGCUCUGCUGCAGGAGUUACAUUUCUCAGCAUAUCUGGGGCUCCCUGCGUUUCUGAUCCCUCUUACACAAGGGGAGAACAGCAACUUGGCUCGGCUCCUUCUCAAUCACAUUCACACUGGUCACCAUUCCACAAUGUUUUGGAUGAGAGUACCAUUAAUGGCUCCAGAUGACUUGCGAGAUGAUCUCAUAGAAAAUGAGCCUGCUCCGCAAUGUGAUGAGAAAGAUAAUGGUGGGGAAGAAAGGACUUGGCUAUGGUGGCAUGACUUCAGAACCCUGUGUGAUUACAACAAGAGAGUUGCUUUGGCUAUUGAAGUGGGUGCUGAUCUUCCUAAUGACGAUAUAAUUGACCGAUGGUUGGGGGAACCCAUCAAGGCAGCCAUACUCCCAACCAGCAUAUUCCUCACUAAUAAAAAAGGAUUCCCUGUACUGUCCAAAGUGCACCAACGCCUCAUCUUUCGACUAUUUAAGCUGGAGGUGCAGUUUGUGAUUUCGGGAUCACAUCACCAUUCAGAGAAAGACUUCUGUUCGUACUUGCAGUAUUUAGAGUAUUUAAGCCAAAACCGGCCUACACCAAAUGCUUAUGAGAUGUUUGCCAAGGGUUAUGAGGAUUAUUUACAGUCUCCACUCCAGCCACUGAUGGAUAACUUGGAAUCUCAAACCUAUGAAGUAUUUGAGAAAGAUCCGGUGAAAUAUUCUCAGUACCAGCAGGCUGUGUAUAAAUGUUUGCUGGACAGAGUUCCGGAGGAAGAAAAGGAGACUAAAACACAAGUCCUGAUGGUUCUCGGAGCAGGCCGGGGUCCUCUUGUAAAUGCAUCACUUCGAGCUGCCAAGCAAGCAGAGCGUAAGAUUAAAGUGUAUGCAGUGGAGAAAAAUCCUAAUGCUGUAAUCACACUGGAGGGGUGGCGCUAUGAAGAAUGGGGUAGUCAGGUGACUGUUGUGUCCAGUGACAUGAGGGAAUGGAAUCCCCCAGAGGAAGCAGAUAUCAUUGUCAGUGAGCUAUUGGGGUCUUUUGGAGACAAUGAACUGUCUCCUGAAUGUCUGGAUGGAGCACAGCAUUUUCUUAAAGAGGGUGGUGUUAGUAUUCCGGGGGAGUAUACCUCUUACUUGUCGCCAAUAUCUUCCUCCAAACUGUACAAUGAGGUGAGAGCGUGCAGAGAAAAGGACAGAGAUCCAGAGGCUCAGUUUGAGAUGCCCUACGUUGUUAGGCUGCACAACUUCCACCAACUCUCAGACCCCUUACCAUGUUUCACUUUCCAACACCCAAAUAAAGAUGCUGUGAUUGAUAAUAACCGUUACUGUUGCUUGAAAUACUGCGUAAAGCUGAAUACAGUGUUGCAUGGAUUUGCAGGAUAUUUCCAGACCAUUCUCUAUAAAGAUGUUACUCUAAGUAUCUGCCCUGAAACACAUUCUCCAGGGAUGUUUUCUUGGUUUCCCAUUCUCUUUCCAAUCAAGCAACCCAUUCCUCUGCGGGAGGGUGAUACAGUAUGUGUACGAUUCUGGCGCUGUAAUAAUGGCAAGAAAGUCUGGUAUGAGUGGGCUGUUACAUCUCCCAUCUGCUCUGCCAUUCACAAUCCCACUGGUCGCUCCUAUACCAUUGGCCUGUAACACAACCGUGCAAGACUUCUGUUCUGGACAAUACCUACUGAGAGCAGACUGUCUAAUGCAGAGCAUGUCCUUUGUGGCUGUGUACUCUGUACUACAAUCGGUGUACUGCAGGAGAUGCUGGAAUGUAGAAGACUAGUAACUUGGUUCUCUUAGCUCUUUUUUUAUGUGACAAUAGAAACAAUAAAUAUUAAAAUGUUGAA